GAAUAAAAGGAAAGUCUGGAAAGCGCGACCAAACUAAACGAAUCCUACAAUUUCCGAACGUUCGAGAAACCAUCCGCGAGGUUUGGUGUUUUCGAUAUAUCGCAAGACGGUCCGCGCGAGCAGCUUCCUGCUCGCCCAACACGAGGGAUGAUGUCGUACGGCGCUAUUUCACAGUCGUAAGAUUGCAGGCUGCGUGAAAAAUACGUAAACGGAAAGCGCAAAAAACGAGGAAUUGUGCUUUAUCGGCAUUCUAAUCUUCAGUCGUACCAUCGGUUAUUAAUUGACCGCAACUAUUAAUUUUCGAUAUCAUGGCGAUGAACGUGCCGUACGAAGCGAUCGGCAAGGGUUUCGUCCAGCAAUAUUAUGCACUUUUCGACGACCCGGCACAGAGGCCGAACCUCAUAAACAUGUAUAAUACGGAGACAUCCUUCAUGACGUUCGAGGGUAUGCAGCUACAGGGCGCUAUCAAAAUUAUGGAAAAAUUAACUAGCUUAUCCUUUCAAAAAAUAAAUCGGAUGAUAACAGCGAUUGAUUCGCAACCCAUGUUUGAUGGCGGAGUUCUUAUUAAUGUAUUAGGAAGGUUGCAGGCAGACGAAGACCCACCACACGCCUUCUCACAAUGUUUCGUGCUGAAGCCGAUGGGAAAUUCAUACUAUUGUCAGCACGACAUCUUUCGCCUUGGCAUUCACGAUACUGCGUGAAUGGAGAAGAUUGGGCUGGUUUCCGCAACGAGUGUGUGUGUGACCAAGCAGGUUGCCGAACGACGGACACCCAACGGGGAUCGCAAAGUGAGCCACCUAAUCUCAUCGAUAAUCCUCUCAUCACAACCACAUACCCUAUUUCCAUUCUUUCUAGAUAAUAUCACAAGUUUUAUAUGAAGAAUAUCUUUUCGCUUAUAAUCUUGGCCACGCUAAAAAAAAAAAACAAAAACAAAAGAAGUUGAGAAACAUCCGUUAAGACACAGUUUAAGCAAUUACGUCGCUUUCCUCCGUACACACACACACGUACAUACAUAAAUACAUACAUAUAUCAUACAUACACGUACACAUACACAUAUAUGUGCAAUAUAUAUAUAUAUUAUAUAUAUUGUGAUAUGUGUGUGUGUAUGUGUAUACAUGUUAGUCUAAAAAAAAAGCAGAUCUACAUUUAUUAUACGUACUAGCACAACACACACACACAUAGAUGUCUCAUUAAUCGAGGGAGUUUGGUUUUUGUGACGACAGGUAAUAGAUUUGCAUUACUACGCUUCGAAAUGAAUUGUAACAUAUUUUACAUUUGAUGCUGUGUAUUUUUGUAAUACGAGAAUGUUGGCCAUUAAAUACAAGAAUAUGGAAUUAA